AUGGCAACUCGAUAUAUAGAACUGACCGUUAUCGCAGCCGAAAACCUCCAAUCCAAUCGCAAACCCUUGAAGAAAAACUCCUUCGUCACUGUCCGGACUGACGCCACCGUCACCACCUCCAAAUCGUACCGGACGGCGGAGACGGACUCCGAAGGCGGAGGGCCAAGAUGGAAUGAGAAGUUAGUGAUCGAGGUUCCUACACAAGCCAGGAAUCUGAUCAUGGAAGUGCAAUGCCAGAACGGGGCGAGGACGAUCGGAGCGGCGACUAUUCCGUUGACGGACUUCAUCGGCGGUUGGGUGCCCGAGAGCUACAUGCAUUUUCUGAGUUACAGGCUGAGGGAUGAGAGAGGUGUCAGGAAUGGGAUUAUGAAUAUCUCGGUGAGGAUGAAGGUGGACGAAGGUGCGACCUCGACGUACUCGAGGAAGUUGUCGAGUGGUUGCGCUAAGACGUCGUCGCAGACCAGGUUGGGGUAUCCGGCGGUGGAUAACAGUGGCGUCGUAACUGGGGUUCCGGUGAAUUGGAAUAGCUAUUCUCGAGUUCAAUAUUGA